CUUGGAGGCUUGAAACCUGCUCGGGGACUCCCUCUGGAUCUCGAUGGCGCUGAACGGAACGAGGAGCGCGUAGCGGUGAAAGGCAUGCCCCAAACACUGAGCUCUGCCAGCAUGUUUACUUCCUGCGGCUUCAGCCCUCAUCACCUCCAUCCAUCCAAAGAAGAUGAUGAAGGAGGACUGAUCUUUCAAGAUGGAAACCUUACCUCAGCAUCUCUUGAUGCUUUAAUUCAACACCUUAUACCUACAGCUGACUACUACCCUGAGAAGGCCUAUAUCUUCACAUUCCUGCUGAGCUCAAGACUCUUCAUUGAACCUCAUGAACUUCUGUCCCGUGUUUGUCACAAGUGCAUUGAGCAGCAGCAACUGAAUGAUCCAGUGCUGGAUAAGGCACGGAUCAGAAAAUUUGGGCCCAAGAUUUUACAGUUAUUGACAGAAUGGACGGAAACCUUUCCUUACGAUUUUCAGGAAGAAAAGAUGAUUGGAUGUCUGAAAGACAUUAUCCACCGGAUAGCUCCGUGUGAUGAGGCCUAUUGGAAAAAGAUGAAUCAGCUUUUACAAACCUUGAAUCAGAAGCUUGCAAGUCUUAACCAUAGCCAAGAAGGGAUAGUCAAGAUCAGUGGGGCUGUCUCAGAUAAAGUAGUAGCUUUUAAAAGUAAACCUCCAUCCAUCCAAAGAGAAAUGCUGAGCAUCUGCAGUGAUCCAUAUACUUUGGCCCAACAGCUAACUCAUGUAGAACUGGAAAGACUGAGUCAUAUUGGUCCUGAAGAAUUUGUUCAAGCAUUUGGCCAUAAAGAUCCCUUGGAUAGCACAAAGCCUUGUUUCAGUGAACAGAAGAAAACUAGUAAUCUUGAGGCCUAUGUAAAAUGGUUCAAUAGACUCUGCUAUCUUGUAGCAACAGAAAUUUGCAUGCCUGCCAAAAAGAAGCAGAGGGCACAAGUCAUUGAAUUCUUCAUUGAUGUUGCUCGUGAGUGCUUUAACAUAGGGAACUUUAAUUCACUGAUGGCAAUCAUCUCUGGGAUGAACAUGAGUCCAGUAUCCAGGCUAAAGAAGACAUGGUCAAAAGUGAAAACAGCCAAGUUUUUUAUUCUUGAGCACCAGAUGGACCCUACUGGCAAUUUUUAUAACUACAGGACUGCAUUAAGGGGAGCUGCUCAUCGGUCCCUGACAGCACACAGCAACAGGGAAAAGAUUGUGAUCCCCUUCUUCAGCUUACUGAUCAAAGACAUUUAUUUUUUGAAUGAGGGAUGUGCAAACCGCCUUCCAAAUGGGCAUGUCAACUUUGAAAAAUUCUUGGAACUGGCUAAACAAGUGGGAGAGUUCAUAACAUGGAAACAAGUUGAAUGUCCGUUCGAACAGGAUGAUAACAUAAUCCACUAUUUACAUACUGCCCCUAUCUUUACUGAAGAUGGUUUGUAUUUGGCUUCCUAUGAAAGUGAAAGUCCAGAAAACCAAACAGAAAAAGAGAGGUGGAAAAACUUGAGAUCAACUAUCUUAGGAAAGACCUGAAGACAAGAAUCUAUAAAUAUACUUGAACAAACUAAAGCAGCAAAACUACUUUGCACUAUGGAUUCCAAAGAUGCCUAUUUGGGAUUUAGAAUAUUUUAUUCUUUAUAUUUGUGUGCAUUUGGGGGCUCUUUAAUGGGAUUAACUGGAUUCAUCGAAAAGACCCACUGAGUGGUCUUUUUACUGCACACCCAAUUAUGUUGCUACAACCUAUAUGGAACCCUAUAGUGAAAAGCCAGUAGGUGGUUUGAUCUUGGUUUUAUCAGAACCAAGUCCUUAUUGCUAUUUAAACUUGUCUUUCUAAAUGAAAAAGGAAAAGCAAGAAAGUCAUGGUGCUGCAAUCCAAAACGGUCUCCACUGGAAGAGGACAGGGUUUGUAUCUCAGAAGCAGGGUGUGUCUGACAGUAACUCACAGAGAACUGAGAAAAGUAGAUGUUGCCAAUUGCAUUAUGCUAUUACAUAGGAAAGGACUAUUUUUCCUCCAGUCUUCAGCCUCAAGGAACAAUAUUCCAACAUCAGGAAAUAAAAGGCGAAUAGAAAACCAUAUUAAAAUGGACAACCCAUGCAUAUGCUACUUUUUUAAAUACAGAAUAUUUGAGCUGUGAAUAUUUGUUAUGUCUCCAGUUUGGAGUCAGAAUCGUUUUAUUCUUCAUGGUUAAUCCUUAAGCUGUCCAGAUGAAAUCCAAGACUUCCAGAAUGACCAUAUGAUAUAAAGCAUGUAGCAUAUUUUCUAGUUCUGUUGACUAAUGGUUGAGAGAACAGUCUUUAAAAAGCCUUGCAUCAUUAACAGAAAGUAAAUCUGUUAAGGACUGCAACAGUUACUUUCACCUACUUCUUUUCUCUUUAUUAUCAGAGGGAAGAAAUACUUUAGAAAAGAUAAU